UUAGACUAUUAUUCUUCCCACAAUGGGGAUGGGGACAAUCCCAACUGUGAAGAACUGCUCUCAUCGCAGAACACUGUUCAUUCUGACACACUCACGGUGUAUGAAGAGGAGUUUCUGCGGCUCGUCCAAGUUGAUCCGAAGACCUGUGGCGCAUGAACACAUCAGUGAGCAGGGUGUUAGCCUGACAGUCUCUUUGACCUUGUGUUUGGAACGAAAGCAACAGCGCGUCAGGGUGUUCGUGCUCAGACACACGGGAAUUUAAAGGGAAACAAUAUUGGCGUAGAUACGGUCGAUGACUUACUUUGGCAGAGCUGCCUAAACGGCCGCAAUAAUAAGGAUUCAUCAGCUUUGACAGGGAGAGUGCUGCACCGUGGGCCGCCAUCUUGAGUUUUCUGCGGAGACGAGGAGGAGGAGUCAUUCUUGAAAUAUUUUUACGUCAUAGUUUUUAAAACGGUUGGCAGGAUAUUGAAUUAUGUCAGAAAUGUGGCACCCGCAUAUGUUUCCCAUACCUGAGUAAAAAUGUAUUUUCUGAAAACGUGAGUUGUGCUGACGCAUGCGCAGCUCGUCCUGGCUGGGCGUGACCAAUAUUUCCGGAAGGACCCAAACUGAUCGAUCCAGUGGACCAGGACGGGAACUCUGGCGCUUUCAUUGACUGCGAUCUCACUUAUGGAGGCUUAGACUUUCAUUCGUCUGUCUUCGUCCAUCCGCCAUGAAGAACCACCGCGAGUUCGUGUAGUCCAUCAAAGAAGCGCGACUUGUCGUCCAUCGAUCAGAAACUUGUGGCCCAGGCCCGGUUCUCCGGAUACAUGAGGUGGCUGACUGUGUGAAUCAUGAGGUUAACAGGGCCCCUGCGAGCUGUGGCUGCUCUUCUGUUGGUGGGACUCACGUGGCUGCUGGCCAGCGCCCUGUUCGGUGGAGACAGCGGCUCGUCGGUGCGGAGCUUCUUCAUUGCUAAACAUGCAGAACCAACACCAGCUGAAAUUCGACCUCGCAGAUACAAAUGUGGACUUUCGGCUCCCUGCCCGCCCAAACACUUGGCCUUCCGCCUGGUGUCCGGAGCCGCCAACGUCAUCGGACCCAAAAUCUGUCUGGAGGACAAGAUGUUGAUGAGCAGCGUGAAGAACAACGUGGGCAGAGGACUGAACAUCGCUCUGGUCAACGGGGUCACCGGCGAGCUCCUGGAGACGAGGGCCUUCGACAUGUGGGCCGGAGAUGUCACAGACCUGCUGCAGUUCCUGCGACCGCUGUACGAAGGGACACUCGUCUUCGUGGCUUCUUUCGACGACGCAGCCACCAAGAUGAACGACGAGGUGAGGCGGUUGUUCGAGGACCUGGGCAGCACGGCGGUGAAGGAGCUGGCGUUCCGGGACAGCUGGGUGUUUGUUGGCGCUAAAGGCAUCGAGAACAAAAGCCCGUUCGAGCAGCGAAUGAAGAACAGCAAAUCCAGCAACAAGUACGAAGGCUGGCCCGAGUCCCUGGAGAUGGAUGGCUGCAUUCCUCUUCGCCCCCCUCUGGACGCCUAGACCUGCCGUCAGUGCACCUGGAGGAGCGGUGGGAUCCACAUGUGCAAGACCAUCGCCUCUGCUCUCACUCCUGGACCUCUGUGUGUGGACUCGCUUUGUUUUCAUGUGGAAAUGGAGACGAAGAGCAAUGUUUUGGGAAGGUUGAGGAGAAACUCAAGAGACCAAAUGUUUGACCAAAGUAAAACACCAGUGCGGCGGGAGUACAGGCCACUGGAUCCACCAAGGUUUUCCUAGGAAACGGAUCCAUUUCCUCUCAACGGGAGACCAGAGGAGGCUUCCACGGAGCGAGAGUCUUCCUCUCUGCAUGCGCCGUCCUCCUCAGACCUUCUGCUUUUACCACGCAGCGGCUCUAAAGACAGGUUUUAUAUUUAAAUACAGUAAUAUAUUUUCCAACUAUGUAACUGUUGUGUGUUCGGUUUGACUCCCAGCUGCUUGCUCUUCGGGCCGUGUUUACAGAUCGUCCUCGAAACAUAGUUACUUAUUUAUUUCAACGCUUUCAAGGUCAGUUCUGUUUGCUGCGUGUGCUUUUUCCUGUGAAGGUUCCGUGUGUCUUGAAUGUAUCCCUCUGAAAGAUCAGCUUGGAGACUUUUUUGAGAUAAAUAAACUGGUUUGCUAAG